UAGCAUAGCAACAAGUGCACUUCGGACGCACUGCAAAGCGAUGACUGUCUCUAUGUUCACCAAAACAGUCCGGCUGGAGCAGGCGGUGAAGCUCAUAAACCAGCUGGAUGAUACUAAGUUCAGUGCACUGCUUGCAAGAAUUUUACAGAAGCUUCCCUGCAAGGAUGAACGCAGCUUCACUGAGGAGGAAGAACAGAAACUGCAACGAGCUUUUAACUGCGAUGCACAGGAGGUUACCCUUCUUCUGGAGUCUCUUUCCUUCAUCCUGGAACAGGCUGCAUUCCACUUGGCCAAGCCACAGGUACUGCGGACCCAGCUGACUGACCUGGGCAUGGAAGAAAACAAGGUUCAGUGCAUGGUGCAGUCAUGGACAAGCCAUGCCAAGCAGCUUGUUGAGCAGUUGAAGCAGCGCUCCCUCGCUCCCAGACAGCUUCGAAAUGUGGACUGGGAGGUGCAAGUGCGGACAGCUCAGCAGUCUGCAGCACGGUCCAAGAGGCUUCAGGCCCUGGUGGACCUUGUCGUCUCCACUGGAGCUGCACAUGACCACUUGCUGCUGCAGUUUUCACAUGGACAGCUGUUCAACCUUUACACACAGUUGGAGCAGAUCCAGGUACAGCUCGACAGCCUCAUCUGAGCUGCUUCUGAAAACUUGUGACUCCUCCCGUUGUCACUACCCUUCUGUCCCCAUGACCCGGUCAUGCAUUGGGGAACCCACUGACCACUGGCUGGACCACAGUCGACAGUAAGCUCGUCCCUCCGACUGAAGAUGUUUUUGGCAUUAUCUUGGCCAUUGUGCGAUUGCUGGCAAAUACUUUUGCUUUGUUUCAGAACUCGCUACUUGUAUACUUUUUUUUUCCUGUAAUGAAAGUGAUACUGUCUUGUCAGUAAACAUUAAGCGACCAUUGACACCCAUCUCAGGAUUUGUUCCACUCAGGGUUCAUUCAUUCAUCCCAGUCUAUUUACAAUCCAACAUUGGCAUGGCUGUAUUGUAUAGGUUUGGCCCUGUGUUUGAGUUAGUCCUUGUCGGCACUUGAGAAGGUGCAUGCUGUCAGCUGUUAUAGUUGUGCUGGGCCUCGAAAGUUGAUGGACCGACUGAGUUGCAUCAUUAAAUGGAGCAUUGUCUGCAUUUGUGGACGUGAAACUAGUGGGACACACAUCUCACUUUUAAACUGCAUGAUCAAACCCCAGUGAAACAAUUUGUAGUGGGAGAGGAUGGGCUGCUUUCAUGGUUUGUAAAGAGUGUAUGCUCCUUCGUCUGUGCUUCGCUGAAGCAGAAGAAUCAAGCAUGCAGUUUCUUGUGAAGAAAUCAGUGUCCUGUGAAGUAAGCAGGGAUUACUCCAGGCGUCAAAAUUAUGGUUUUAUGAAUCUCACUGGCUCAUGCAGUCUAGGUGUAGAAUAGCUUAAACAAUGGACUUUCUCGUUCUAAUUGAACUCGAGUGCUUCGUUUAUGAAACAUGGUUAUGGAUCAUUCAUUUAUUUGUAUAGCCCGUGCCAUGCUUCAUGCGAUAGAAGGGCUGUGGAAUGUUUUUUUUUCCUUUUCUUACAAUGUUAGUACCUCAGGCGUAGCGCAACUGUUUUAGGAAAGGAACACAGCUGCUGUGACUUCAUUAUUAAACCAGUUAGUGGCUAUUUUAUCGGCACGGAAAUGUAUUCCUACUGAUUAUUACUUAUAACCUGACUGAAUUAACACCCAGGAACCUUGUAACAGUCGUUUUGUAUGAUUAGUGAAUGUUUUAAGGAAUGAUACGCACAGGCUGUUUGUAAAUUGUAUAUGGAGGCUGGUACUGUACUAAUGCUGUCAUGGACCACUACAAAUACCAUUGUUAUAUCUUGUGGCGAUGCUGUUUUCUUACAAGAACAGCACAUCUAUCGAAAGGGUGAAAUCAAUAUUCACAUUUUCUUAGACAUCACACAAUUAACUUAAUUGCUUUAAAAUAUCCAUUUACGAAUAGUGUAUUUAAGGAAGGAGAAAAAAAACCAAAGGCAACAGUCUUUCGCGACAUAGCAGACAACACUGAGUGACUUGUCAGAAACUCAAGUACACUGACAAUAAAGAGUAGUAAGAUGACGACACUAGUGGGAAAGUGUUGUAGCAUUGUGUUUGCAGAAUAAUUGACCCCUUCCAUAUCUGUGCCACAAAUGAGCCUUGUGUAAUAUCCCAUGUCCAUAGAUUCCACAUUGUCUUGUGCUUGUUUUUUAAAGUAACCCAUGGUCAUUUUAUUGCAACUGUUACAACCGCUCACUGAAAUGUACAAAAAGUCACGAAAGCGAGAAGCAAAAUGCGUGGUUUCUUGACAUUCUUUGCUACAAGAAGAGAAUGUGAGGUGCAGGCAGUCUAUUCAAAGAAGGCAUUGGCAAGGAAGGAAUUUGGAGAUGUCAGAAUAGCCAAAGUUGGCAUGUAGACUGCCCUGAAGUUGCAUGGUUUUACGUAUCGGAAAUUGUGAGGAACUUGGUAGGUUGCACCUCAUGCCAUGGCAGGCCACGUUAUUGGCCUUUAACAUCUACUGUUAGAGCUCUACAAUCUGGUCAUAUGAAUUGCUGCCGGCAUUGGUUUUUUCCCCUCCAUUAAUUCACAUGAUU